UCUCCUCACACUUCAUCCUCAUCAAUCAAUCAAUCGUUGCCCAUAAAUCACCAAAACAAACCAUCAACAUGCAGUACCUUACCAUCCUCGCCCUGGCCGCCGCUGCUUUCGCCGCCCCCCUUGAGGAGCGCCAGGCCGGCCUCUGCGCAUCCGGCACUCCCCAAUGCUGUGCUACCGACGUCCUGGGCAUCGCUGUCCUCAACUGCGCCGCCCCAAACCCCUCGCCCACCGGCAUUAACGACUUCAUUGACGUCUGCGCUGCUGGAGGCCAGCAGGCGAAGUGCUGCUUGCUUCCUAUCUUGGACCAGGCGUUGAUCUGCAGUGAUGUCGUCCCCCAGGCUGAGGCUCCUGCCGUUGCAGCUUAGGCGAUGAGCUGAGACCUAAUCAGGAUUUCCUGAUUGUUACGAUUGUAUUGUAUCGAAUUACUUGUUUUGAAACGGGUUGUAAUGAAUAUAAAUUUUGAGGCUUAUGCUAUCCAAAAAAAAACUUGCUGUUUCACUGCCUUGAUGUGAGGUCGUGGUGUAAAGGAUACUUAACGUUCGCCCCUGUAACUUUACGUACACCCCAGCUCGAAGGGCAAGCUGUGUGGUCCCAAUCUUGUGAUUGGACUGUUGCUCAAUUUUGAUUGCUCAAUCGCACAGUCCCCCCUGCUCUCCACUUGAUGCUAGCACCGAGGCAAGAAAUCUGUCGCUACCUAGAAUCAUUUCGUGCUACCACUGGUAUAUGAGCCCCAAUCGCAAAAGAUACUUCAAGUACUGUUAGAUGAGCCUUACACAUUACUCAUCGGUCUCUUUGCUACUUAUUGAAC